UUUUCAUACAGAUAUAAACACAGUCGGUAGCUGGUGCGAAGUUGUUCCAUUCUGAUCGCAAUUGGGAUGUACCAAAAACCGGUGAACAUCGAUUUAAAUGAUUCGGAUCAACCUCCUGGCGUCGUCAAUCGUAAGUGAGCAUUUAGUCGCGUUGGUUCUGUCACGGAAGUGUAGUGUGAAAAUUGCAACGGAUUAUAAUAUACGAACACCCUGCGUUUGCGUUUGGUUCGCUCUUUUAGAAAUUGAAUCAUUUCUGGUAACUCAUUGUAAUCGGAAAAUAUAAUGCUUUUGCGACUGUCAAUCGCAGGCACUGUGGCGUUGUUCCUGGUUGCUUGCACUUCCGCACAGGAAAACUUAGAAUCACUGUUCCUCUCAAUCUCCAAUGCUAAUGGUGAUAAAAAUGCCAUGGUUCCUAUUACCCACAGUCCCGUACAGGAUGACUUGGACUCACUGUUCGAGUCAGUUUUCAAUGCUUAUGGCAAUGAAGAUGCAACCAACGUUCAACCACCAUCAUCUCUACCACCAGUUCCAACGGCUGCUUCAUCUCCUGUACAUACAUGUACCGGAGAGUGUGUACCGUAUUACCUCUGCGACGGUAACCAGAUUAUUACGGAUGGUACUGGUAUAAUUGACAUUCGAGUGGGCGAGGAUACCACUGUUGAAAACGAGUGCCUCAACUAUCUGGUUACAUGUUGUGAAAAGAAGGAUGUAAUAACUGGACCACCGCCAACUCCUACUCCACCUGUAACAUCUGAUUACACUUGUGGACUGCGUAAUGUUGAUGGAUUGGGCUUCAAAAUCACCGGCAAUCAAGAUGGCGAGUCUGAAUAUGGUGAAUUCCCAUGGAUGUUGGCAGUGCUACGUGAAGAUAAGGUCAUGGAAUAUACCUUGAACCUCUACGAAUGCGGUGGUUCCCUGAUCGCACCGAAUGUUGCGGUCACUGCUGCCCAUUGUGUUGCAACAAAGUCGAAAGAUACGUUGCUUGUGCGAGCAGGAGAAUGGGAUACUCAAACGAAGAAUGAACGUUACCCUCAUCAAGACCGCCGAGUGCGUGAAAUCGUUGUACAUGACAAGUACAACAAUGGUUCACUGGCCAAUGGUAUUGCUUUGCUAAUUUUAGAACAACCUUUCGAUCUAGCAGGAAAUGUCCAACCUGUGUGUCUGCCACCGAAGAACACUAAAUUCGACGGAAACAAUUGUUUCUCUUCCGGUUGGGGAAAAAAUGUUUUCGGCAAGCAAGGCAAAUUUCAGGUUAUCUUGAAAAAGGUUCAACUACCGGUGGUUCCGCAUGACCAGUGUCAGGCUGCGUUGCGCAAAACUAGGCUAGGAAAUCGUUUCCGCCUGGAUUCUAGUUUCACGUGUGCUGGUGGCAUUGCUGGCCAAGACACCUGUCGUGGUGAUGGAGGAUCUCCACUGGUUUGUCCUAUUCCUGGUGACGGAACACACUACUAUCAAGCUGGUAUCGUAGCGUGGGGUAUAGGUUGCGGUGAACAAGGCGUUCCUGGAGUUUAUGUUAAUGUUCCUAUGUUCAGGGAUUGGAUUGAUUUACAACUUACGCAGCGUCAUGUGGAGGCGAAACACUAUACUUACGCUUAACGACGUUUGUGAUGACGCUUGAAUACCUACACUGACAGUGAACUUCAAUAAUAAAAAAAACCAAAACGUUGCUAAGAAA